AUGCUAUCCAUCUUCGUUGUGCCUCUUCUCGCCCUAUCCGCGGUAAGCGCGAGCACACCCGCCGCUCGCUCCACUACACCCAUCGUAGCAACUUGGUAUGCCGGCUGGCACGCCACCGAAGGAUUCCCGCUCUCUUCAGUUAGCUGGGAGAAGUACAACACGAUCUACUACUCAUUUGCAGAGACCACUCCAAACGUCACCGGUCUGACCCUCAACGGCUCUAAUGGCGAUUUGCUCCCUCAGUUCGUCUCUGAAGCCCAUGCACAUGGUGUUGAGGCCCACGUCGCUGUCGGAGGAUGGACUGGGGGUCUUUGGUUCUCCUCUAACCUUGCCACCGCUGAAAACCGGACAGCAUUUGUUCAGACCGUGGCGGAGUUUGCUUUCAAUUACGACCUCGACGGCAUCCAGUUCGACUGGGAGUACCCAAACCAUCAGGGAAUCGGUUGCAACAUCGUCAGCGAGAAUGACACGGCAAAUCUCCUCGCAUUCCUCGAGGAGCUCCGCCUGAACCCAGUGGGGGCAAAUCUCACCCUCUCGGCCGCCGUAGCUCUAUCACCAUUCUAUGACGCUACCGGAAGUCCCUCUACUGACGUCACUGGGUUUGCCAAGGUCCUCGAUUACAUCUCUGUGAUGAAUUAUGACGUUUGGGGUUCUUGGUCCUCGACUGUCGGGGCCAACGCGCCAUUGAACGACACAUGCGCUUCGUUCGCGAACCAACAGGGCUCUGCCGUUUCUGCAGUCAAGGCUUGGACAGAUGCAGGGAUGCCUACCAACCAGAUCGUGCUCGGUGUUCCUUCCUACAGUCACUCGUUUAGCGUCCCUCCCUCUGAUGCCUUCGUGUCCGGCAAGAAGACGCUCGCAGCAUACCCCGCUUUCAACGGCUCGAAUCAGCCCUUGGGUGAUGCAUGGGAUGCCACAGGUGGUUUAGAUGUCUGUGGCGUGUACGAGGGCUCGGGUGGCACUUUCAACUUCUGGGGCCUCAUUGACGGCGGUUUCCUCACCGAAAAAGGCAAGCCUGCUGAGGGCAUUUACUACAGAUAUGACGAGUGCAGUCAGACGCCGUAUGUGUACAAUGAAACCUCACAAGUUAUGGUUUCCUUCGACAACACCAAGUCAUUUGCUGCCAAGGGCGAAUUCAUUAAAGAAGCCGGGCUGCGCGGUUUCUCGAUGUGGGAGGCGGGUGGUGAUUACAACGAUAUGCUCCUUGACUCUAUCAUCGAUGCCAUGGGGCGUUAGAUAGGUCGUCAUUGAUAC